CCCAGCGGAGGAAUUACUCUUAAUUUGAGGAGAAACUGGAAGCACAAUGGGAGAUGACAGUGAGUGGAUGAAAUUGCCGGUUGAUCAGAAAUGUGAACACAAGCUCUGGAAAGCAAGGUUAAGUGGGUAUGAAGAGGCCCUGAAGACCUUCCAGAAAAUAAAGGAUGAAAAGAGCCCAGAAUGGUCCAAAUUUUUAGGACUGAUCAAAAAAUUUGUGACUGAUUCCAAUGCAGUGGUUCAGUUGAAAGGAUUAGAAGCUGCACUUGUUUAUGUUGAAAAUGCCCAUGUAGCAGGAAAAACCACAGGUGAAGUUGUGUUGGGUGUUGUAAGUAAAGUGUUCAACCAACCCAAAGCCAAAGCCAAGGAGCUAGGCAUUGAGAUUUGUCUAAUGUACAUAGAGAUUGAGAAAGCCGAGGCUGUUAAAGAGGAGCUCCUAAAAGGCCUGGACAACAAGAACCCCAAGAUAGUAGUGGCCUGCAUAGAGACACUGAGGAAAGCCUUAAGGAACAAGUGGCUGUAAUUUGCUAUGGAACUCCGACUUAGACAAACCACUGUUUUGUUCCGAUUUGGCAGCCCUUCUAAUCUGAUAUCCUGUCCCCAUUACUAUCCACAU